AAUGCUUCUUGGUCUUCUUAAUUCAAAUGGCUAUGUAAAUAGCAGCACUCGUGAUGAUGAUCUAGCAUUACGACUCUACCAAAGUAUGAAGCAUCAAAGGUACUUAAUUGUGAUUGAUGAUCUGUGGAGCAUGAACGCAUGGGAUGCAAUCAAUAGAUGCUUUCCAGAUGAUAAACAUGGUAGUCGAGUAUUAUUGACUACUCUCCUUGAAAAGGCGGCUUAUUAUGUUAGUUCCAACAUUGACUCCAUUCAUCAAAUGCACUUCUUAGAUCAAAGCGAGAGUUGGGAUCUAUUUUGUCAGAAGGCGGGCACAUCACGUCGUGCUAACUUUGAGACUAUUGCCAGACCAAUUGUUGAUAAGUGCAAAGGACUACCAUUUCAACGUGGACCCAAGUGAGUGGGAGAAUAUUGCUAUGACAAAAAUUGCUGAAGCAUGCUCAAGAAUAUUCUCAUUGGAUUACAAUCUCUUGUCAUAUAAC